AUGGCAAAUGAGCAGACAAUUACUUGCGGGCCAUUUGGCGGUCCAGGGACAACAGCCACCUCAUGGGAUGACAAAACCUACACCACAGUAAGGGAAGUAAUUUUACAUGCCGGAACGGAAAUACAUUCCAUUCAAUUAGUCUAUGAUAAUCAAGGAAAACCAGUAUACGGACAACAACAUGGUUCUGUAGGCGGAACCCUGUACAAGGUGUCAUUAGCUUAUCCUGGGGAGUACCUCGUUUCAAUAUCAGGGCACUUUGGUCAAUGUAUUUAUAAUAAUAAAAAAUACGUUGUUCUGAAAUCUCUUAUAUUUCAUAGCAAUACAAAGCAACAUGGACCAUAUGGUCCCCAAGAAGGAAGCCGUUUUCUAGGUCCCUUACCAAUAGGCAAGAUUGUUGGAUUCUUUGGAAAGAAGGGUGGUCGUUUGGAUUCAAUUGGAGUAUAUGUUAAGCCAUUCCCAACUAGAAUAACUGUUGGUCCAUUUGGAACUACUGGUGGACAACAAUGGGACGAUGGAACCUACAGCACAGUAAGGGAAAUAAUUAUAAACGCCGGAGCGUUAAUUGAUUCCAUCCAAGUUGUCUAUGAUAGUGAAGGAAAGCCAGUGAUGGGAGAAAUGCAUGGUAGUAAAAGCGGAAACCAACACAGGGUCAUAUUAGACUACCCAGAUGAAUUUUUGGUUUCAUUUUCUGGGUACUACGGGCAGAAUUUAAUUGGUUCUGGAACACACUGGAACAUAGUUCAGACACCUAGGAACUCUAGGAAUGGAGGACAGAGGAUCAGGAAGUCGCCGGAGGUGAAGCAGGUGUUCGGGUGUAAAAUAUUGCACCCAUACUUAGGGGCCGUCUGUGGGAACUUCGAUACAAAAAGUCCGUUCCUUAUCCCUUGCAUACAACAUCACUCCAGAAUGACAACAGAGCCAGACACUAUUCAACCGCAGCAACAGGAGACCAUGCAGAAGAUACGCGAAGAAAUGCAAGCACAACUGGACGUCCUGCGACAAGUAAAUGAAGCUUAG